CCACGCACAACUAUACGUUACAUGACCUGUGUUGUAAGGAUAAGCAAACUGUCCGUUUUCAUCGACCUCUAUUACUUAAAAUGACCAUUUGCACAAUACAUAAGCUAAAAUGUCUCACGUUUUUACUGGCUUGACAAGAAGAACUAUCAGUAGUGGGACGUCGACGUUUAUUCGUCACAUCAAUUCGAGCAUGAGGAGCCAAUUGAGAGUUAUUUAUCCUCUGGUAUCAUUCAUAAGGAAUGGUCAAAGUGUCCGACUUCUUUCCGUCAAUUACCAUCUGCGAGCCAAGCGUAAUGAACCUGUUCAGGAGGAAGUGAAUGACGAACCCAUUCGCUUCUCCACCAGCAAGGCCAGUCACAGAACUUGGACUGUGCAGCGAUCCUUGGGAAGCCAGUACGAACGCCCGUGGUGGAAAGUGCUCCCCAUUACUGUGCUCGGGGUGAGCUUCCUGUUAUGGUGUGCCUUCAGAGAAGAAACGGACAUUGACGUGCAGUUGGAGAAGGAACUUUACCAACAUUUACCCGGAUUGCUUUCCGAUGAGGAAGAUGACGAAAAAGAAUGAUGCCGACUCGUAUAUGUAUUUAUUGUUUUUGUGCAGGUAUUGGCAACGUCAGAAAACUACCAUUAGACUAUUGUCGUCAAUGGCAAUGAGUUUAAGCCCCUCCCAUCAACAAAUAUUACUGUGCCCAUCGCUAAUUUGUGCCACAGUUAUAGUGAUAGAGACCAUUAUCCAUGAUGGACUAUAACCAGUCCAGUUUUAAUUAAGGUUAAAGUGGAAAUAAUGCAAAAACUGACCUUGAUUGAAAGGCCUAAAGCAGACAUGUCCAAAGUCCGGCCCGGGGGCCAAAUGCGGCCUGUGGUCGUUUCAUCCGGCCUUCGGCCUCUGUCAUAAAAUCAAUAACGUCUGGCCUGCACACACUUAAUAAAUUGGUCAGCAGUGCAGCCAAAACUCGGCGUGUUUAAUUUCCACCGACAUGCGGAUACAUCCUCUCUCAUUUAUUUUGUUACAGGUUUUGUCAUGAUAUCAGCUAUCAUGUCAUCCGUUGGACAAUACAUCAAUGUUACGCUUCCCUGACUCUUAGUAGAUCUAAUAAAAUGAUAUUUAAUGUGUACGUGCUUGCAUCUGUCAACGGGAUUUUUUGCUAGCGCGAUUGUCCCCUGGUUGUCAUCGUGUACAGUUGUUGAACUGUACUGAUAAUGAUCAAUGCUACCCAGUAGUUCUAAAUAUAGGCAUUCUUGUAUGGUUGGGGCCAGUGCCAUAUAUUCAUCUUCACAUGUAGAUAGUUCAACUGUUGGUUGUUUCUAUCCUGACGUACUUCGCGUGUCACUAGUAUCAGCUGCCUAGUCAGCAUCACUAUAUGUUUGUAUACCAAGUUUCGCAUUGUAGUCUCUUUGGGGAACCUACUAAAAGGCAGCAGCACUCUAAGCAACAUUACCCCGGGUUACCCUUUACUCCCAAUUUUCUAAAAUGGCGACAAUCAACAAAAAAAAGUUGACUGCGACAGCCGACGCUUCAAGGAUAGGUGGAAAUUGGGAAUAUUUCUUCACUGAAAUAUGCAACAACUGUGUCUGCAUCAUUUGCAAAGAGAGAGUUGCUGUUUUUAAAGAGUUCAGUGUGAGGCGAUAUUACCAAAUAAGACACGCUGACGUGUACGACAAGAUUACAGGGAAGAUUUGCAGCGAGAAAUUGAAGCAACUUGAAGCUAGUUUAAUUUCGCAGCAGCAAUAUUUCGCAAGAGCCCGAGAGUCGAAAGAUAACGCCACAAAGGCUAGUUGGGAGAUUGUUGAAAUAAUAAAAGUAAUGAAAGAAAUGUGACACGCAGAAUGGCUUGCUAAAAUGUGCUUAAAUAUAUUGUUCUAUGUAAAGGACGUCAGCCAAGGUCGGCCCCCCACAUUUUUACCACACCAAAUCUGGCCCCCUUUGCAAUAAAUUUGGACACCCCUGGCCUAAAGCAUGUUAAAUGAAUCAUACAAAUAGAAAAUACUAGCUAACAAGGGCUGGUGUGGUUUGGAUGUAGUUCUCCAACCCAGAGGUUGUAAGUUCAAUUCUCCGCCCUGAUGACCUUAAGUAUCCUUGAGCAAGAUAAUAAACCUCACGUUGCACCUGGUGCUGCGUCCCCAGUAGGUAGAUGAUGUAAUGUGAAGCACCUUAAAAGGUCGAAAGGUGCAAGACAAGGGUAACUCCAUUUACCAUUUCCAUUAAAAAAAAAAAAUCAUUUCAGGCAGUCACAUCUUCAUACAGUUUUCUUUCAAGAAACGACAAAUAGAGGACGGGGUGAAUACUCGAACAGGAGAGGCACGGCUGCACCUGAGCUGAAAUAACCCAGUUCUAUUUUUUUUCAAAGCGUGUAAAAAAAGGCCGUUAUGAUACAAGUUCAAAUUUAAAAUAUCGGCACCGAUAGUCCAUCUGUAUUGUAUGGCAUUUUAAGGAUGGUUCUGGACUUUCUAUUAGCGAAUUACAAAUUACUGAAAAAAACAACCUUAAAACCCAUUCACUUGCACUUUCCAGCUAGAAUAUGUCGUC